AUGGGCGCAAUAAUCUUGGCGACGCUGCUGGAAGCCGCGCCUGCCGAUGUGCGCGUGGAAUUCGAGCAUCUCGGGUCAUAUGUCUUGGGAGACCUUGCGGCUGCGCAGGAAGAGCUUCGGGCGCUGGCGAAGGACAAGCUUCUCGCCGUGCUGCCGGCGGUUUCAUUUCAGGCUCUUCUGGACUACGCCGUCGAGACAGGCAAGUUUGCAGAAGUGGCCGCCACCCUCUUCUGUGUCUCCGCUUCCGAGUUGGAAGUUUUGCGAAACAAGUUGCAAAAUGGAGGUCCUUUGACUUUUUUGGCCUUGGAGGCUAAUGUCAACGGUGGCGAAGCGAAAAUCACGCCGGCUCUGCAAGGCUUUCGCUAUGAGACUGCCACUGGAAUCCAAGCGGCUGCGCUGGCCAAUCAAGAGACCGCGCUCUGGGACGCCACGGCAACCUUGCUGACGCAAGAGUGGCAACCUCAUAACGCUGCCAAAGACUACGCGUCUGUGCUCGGGCAGCUAUCUGCCUGUGCGCUGUUGGACUGCCACGCGCAAGCGCAGCAAGAGACAGAGUAUUUGCACGGUCGCGUCUUUCAGUUGAACAAUGUUCACAUUCCAUUUCCACCGCCAGAAGACCUUUACGAAGACCGCAUUUACUGGACCGCUCGUAUCCGCGACUUCUCUGGCUGCUUGGACGUGGGGAUUCGAAGCAGCUCCCACUGUGCCGCUGACACUUUGUCUUGGCCGUUGCUGGCCAGUGUAAAGAUCUUGGCCACGGUGCGUGAUGCAGAUGUCGCCGCGACACAAGCUCAAGACAGCCAGUCCGGAAUGAAGCGGAUGCGCUUUGUUCUGGUGGAAGCAGAAGAACAAGACUUGAAGCAAGAGGCCACGCAGCCUCUUUUGUCUCUCUUGCAGUUGCAACAAAGGGUGUCCUCCAAGCGCACCGAACAACAAGAAGCUGCCAGCGGGCUCCGUUUGGUCACCAAAGACAUCAUCGAUGGUUUAGCAGAGGCAGACGCUGCCGCGGCCGAAAAAUUCACAGCCAUAGCUUACUGCACUGUUCAUAACUUGAAGGAUUUCGUCUUGGACCCACCUCGGACGGGCAAAAAGUUGCAGUAUGCCUUGGCCAUAGCGUGCUCCAAGUCUGCGACGGAAGGGCAAGCCGAGCUCAUUGUGGAACAGCUGCAGCUGCUGCGUGAAGCAGAUGUUGACGUGGCCACGAAGUGCAUGCGCCAACUGCUCCUGAUGUCUAGCGUGACUGCUACGCGCGGACCUCCGCCUGGCACGCAUGCUCCCUGGACAGAGUCGACAGCGCCCGCCUUGCAACAAGCCCUUUGCCCAGCUCUGAGUGCAUACCCCCGUGGAGAGCCGUGGGCGAAUGCACCUACAGCACCGGGCGUACACGCCUGCAGCGACUGA